AUGUCAAUAUAUACCCCUGAAUCCCCCUUCGAGGGCGUUAACAGCACCUUCUUUCACCAUGGACACAACGCUGAGAGCGUUAAAGAAUAUAAUUAUAAAAUUCGUGACGAUAGUGUAAGACCAAGAGAAUUUCUCGGAACAGAUAAUGAGGAUGGAAUAGAAUCUAUACUUGAAGAUUGUAAUGGACAUUCCUUACAUGAGUAUAUUGAUGGAGAUGAUCCACUCCGUCUUUUUAUCGAUUUUGAUUUACCUAUUGAAUGUCUCAAUAAAAUAGAACCUAAAAUUACACCUAUAGAGAGGCGAAAUUUACUUUGCCGUACCUUUAAAGAAGUUUGCGUAGAGAUAUAUCCAGAUUGGGAUAGAAACACUUUGACUAUUGCCAGUAGUAGCGAUUCGAAAAAAAUAUCACUACAUAUUUCGACUUUCGGUCUCCGACUCAAAAAUAUUUCCAAAGUUGCAAAAUUUACUGAACUUGUACGAAAAAAAGCUUCCAAUAGAACACCAAAAUUCAUUGAAGAAACUAAAGAACAUGUACGAGUAAAGAAAGCUCUCUACCCAAAAGAUGAAUACGUUUUUAAUUUUAUGAUUCAUCCUCCUCAUGAUGAUUCACCAAUUGUGGAUAGUCUGAUUUUAGAUGUUCCAGAAGAAAAGACAAUGAAAACUAAUGAAAGUGAUUCCAGUGGUUUUGGAGCUGAAUUGGAAUACGUGAAAAAACUACUCAAUUUACAAAAUAUUGAUGGUUUUGAAGUUUUAUAUCCAGGGCCCACUCAUCCAAAUAUAUUUACUUUAAGACGUAAAUCAGCUUCUAAUUAUCAAGAAACUCCUUCAGGUGUAAAAAAACCAUCAUUAAAACUUGUAAUUAAUGAAACAGUUGAGGAUCAAGAAAAAACUCUUCCAAUACCAGAAAAAAUAGAACAAUCCAGAAUUUCAGACCCAAAUGAUCAUUUCAUAUGGGGUGAUUUACUUUGUAUAUGUAUGUCUAAGAAAAAGUUUAUGUGUGAUGAGGCAUAUAGUGCAAUCCAAGCAACAAUAGCAUGUGUUGAGCAGAGAAAACUAACCUGGAUAGUUAAACUUAAAAAUUCUGAUGGUCUUUAUUUUGAUAUGGGACCUACACCAGCACCAGAAAUUAAUAAAGAAUUUAUGGAUCCUAUCCUUUGGCACAUAAAAAAUGUAAUUUGUGAUGAAAAUAAUGAACUUAUCAAAUAUAUCUGGAACUGGUGGGCAUUCUUAGUGCAAAAACCAGAAAAAAAACCUUGUUCAAUCUGUGUAUUAAA